AUGGGUUGCUGUGUGAGUAGUAACAGAUCUUCAAUUUCAGCUUCAUCACCAACAAAAGACAAGGAUUUUGAGCCACCAAGAUCUAACAUUUCCCGAGUGAAGAAAGCCUCCGAAAGCAGAACACCUCCUCCUCUUCCGGUGGAGGAAGAGACAGUGAAGGAAGUGCUCUCAGAAACACCCAGAUGGAAACCAACCGUGGCUAAAUUUGACAAGUUCGAAGGAAAAAACGAGGUUGAGAAGCCAUUGGCCUUCAUCAACAAAGCAGAAGAGAUCUCUGAAGUCUCGGAGGUUUGCAGCUUGAGCGAGAGCGUUUCCACAACAACAGUCACCGAUAAGAGAGAAGAGGAAGAAGAAAUGCGCCAAUGGGUCAACAGAUCUCCAGCCAAUAUGGAGAAAAACCGCUCCUUUACCGGCGGCGGAAGGGAGAGAACGGUGGGUAAAUCUCCGGCGAAAAGGUCGGAGCAAUCCCCGGGUCGAAGGAAUGUUGGGUCGGCAAGAGUUGUUCAGAGCAGAGAUCAAAUAAGCAAUGGGGGAACCAGGAACCACCCUCGCCGUCGAGACGCCGGCGAAAACUCCGGCCGCAGAUCAAGGUCGCCGGCAACCCGUACCGACGAAGGAGCAACAAGAUCCAUUGUGGGUCGGAGCCCAUCUGCAAGAAGAACGAGUAAAUCACCUGCUCGGGUCAGAACCGCCGCACCGGAGAGUGGUGGUCGGAAAAUGGAGAAUUCGAGCAUGGAGAGUAAAUGGCCAUCAUCAGCUAACGAGUCGCUGGAAAACCCACUUGUGUCGUUGGAAUGCUUUAUCUUUCUCUAG